UGGAAGCGUGGAGCAUAGCAAAGUGGGGCUUGUGGAUGCAGAGCAGAGUGCUUGCGUCGCGAUUGUCGAGAGCAGUAGCAGCAGCAAUUUAGCGAGAGAGAGCGGGCGAGCUGGAGUCUGACCAGGAGAGAGAGAGACACAGAGAAGAGCUUCUCUUCGAGGGCCGACAUGAGACGAGCGGUGUUGCAGCGCCUCUCGCGCUGUGCGAUUCGACUUAGGCCUGUCAAUGCAUUGUCGAGUUUUGCCGCUUCGGAGAAGUUAAUCAACUCAAAUUCAUCAGCAUGGGAUUCAGUGAACGUCGCAUUCUCGAGGGACGAUUUCACAACGUUCGGUGCCCGGCAGAACUACUCUACCAGUCAGAAUGCAGCAGCCUAUGCCUCGCGUAAUUAUGCUAACACCAUUCAUGAGUACGACAAGGUACUAGAAGAGCUCAAUCACAACAAGCGGUCAUAUUUGAUGCGGGAUGUGUACGAAGACAUGCAGUUGGAUGGUGUUCGGCCUGUUCGAAACACCUUCCAUAUUCUUAUCACGGGUUGUAUGAAAGGUCAAAGGCUGCAGGAUGCGAUAUACUUUUUUGAUGAAAUGAAAGCUAUGGGGCUUGUACCUGAUAUUGUGCUCUAUAACUGUAUCAUCUCAACAUGUGGACAAGCAAAUCAAAUCGAGCGUGCUUUCCAGGUGGCAGCAGAGAUGGAGUCGAACGGGAUGAAGCCAACUCACCGCACCUUCCUCGCACUUCUCAAUGCAUGUGGCACAGCUGGCCGUGUAGAAGAAGCCAACGGUGUCGUGCAAAGGAUGGCAGCUUUUGGUUUGACCUUGAACAGUUCAUGCUAUUCUGCACUUAUUCAAGCCCGUAAGAACCACCGUCCUAUCAAUCAUUUGACAUUCCAAAAGAUAUUUGAACUCCUGGAACAGUCGAAAGGUUCUGACACGCUUCCAGGUGAAGGUGAAGGUCGGGAUGAUUUUGAAGAGGAGCUGGCAAAUCUUGUAACAGGAGGAGGUCUUCAGCCUACCCGCAGCUUUGUGAAUCGUGGACUUAAUGUUUACCAGUCUGCAUUACGGGCUUGCGGCGAUCUGGGAAAUAUUGAGGCAGUAGAGAAGAUUAUUGGAAUGAUGAGACAGGAUAAUCUCCAACUCGAUGCCAUUACCAUUACUGAGCUUGUCAAGGCUUACAUUGGACGUGGGCAAAUGGAAAAAGCUAUGCAAGUUGUGGAGGAUUACAUUGAGAGUGGCAAGAAUCCAUCGUUAAGUCUUUACAUUACACUCAUUGAAAGCUGCCUUCAACGACGCACUGUAGCAAAUAUGGCAGCUGCUAAAAAGCUUCUGGAUCAAAUGGACGAAAGAGGCUUUUUCUUGAACACAAGCAUUGGAUCCAACUUCCUUUACCUUGCUUCAUUGGAUACAGCAGGAGACUAUUCCACUGCAAAUACCAUAUGGGACAUGAUGCAGAAGCGGAAUCUACGGCCCUCCGUCAAAUCCCUCACAUCUUACAGCAGUGGCUUGCAGCUAAAAAAAGUCCCUGAAGAUGAUCCUCGGUUAGCAGCUACUAAAGACAUCAUUGCAAGAGUACAAAAGAAGAACAACUGGAUUCGUGGAGCCCAAACCGAGUCAGCAAAAGAAGCUGAUCAAGAGCAAGAACAUGGAGAAGACGUUCACCAUGAACAUAUUAUGCAAGAUGAUGUUGCUGCAGAUGAUCAACACAUGGAGUCUGUUACUACAGACAGCGAUACUGAAGAGCCACGUAAGGAGCCUGUUACAGCUUGAUAGUCUUUGCUUGCGGGCAACAAGAUAGUUAAUUGUCUGACCAGAACAGGAUUGCAACCUUGUUUCGCUCAACAUUUGAAACAAUGAAGAAGAUGUGGAUGUAUCAGCGGUUCAACUUUGGUUUUCACGCCUUCUAUGCAAGUAGGUGACUUUUCCUGGUUUAUUCUCUCAUCUAUUCUUCGAUUUUUCAGCCAAUCCUCGUAAUGUUCACAAGUGCAUAUGAAAUCACCGUAACGUGGGUUUCAGACCAGCCAGCAGGCAAGCAAUUUACGAAUUAGUACUGAUGUUGAAUGUGAUGGAACACAGUAUGUAGGGCUUGGCUACGCCCUUAAAAAUAGUGUAGGGACAUUAAGUCAUGCAUAAUUGAUUCACAUGUAACACCAGGGUUGGACUACUCGGUGAAAGUCAAGGAUAUCUUGUUACAUAAUACUUUUACCAUGUGCGGUGCUUUGCAUCAUAUUCCCCUUUUA